AUGGCAGGCGCGGCGGGGACGGCGAGCAGCGCGUGCGGGGGCUGCGGGGAGCAGGUGUGGGGCACGCACAGCGCGCUGGGGGAAGCAGGGCGCGGCUUCGGCCGCGACGGCCAAGCAUCAACGUGUAGAGCGGCGCGGCGAGGCCAGCACGGGCCGGCCGGAGCAGCGAACGGCAGCGGGCGCGGCCCCAUGGGUGGGCACGCGGUAGGGCUGCAGCAGGGGGGCACGAGGCGCUCACAGCGGGCGCGCGCGGGCUGGAUCCGGCGACGUGAGGGAAGAGCAUGCGGGGGAGGAGAGAGCAGGGGCGGAGCACAGCUGGCGGUGGCUGACGGCGCUGGCAGCGGCGUCGGGUGCGCGGUGCGCGUCACGGGGUCGAGCGCGUGCACGGGGGAGGAAGAGAGGGGGAGGUGCAGUGCUCAUGGCGGGGGUCAUAGGGUUCGAGGGCAGUGGGGCGCGGGGAGGUCGACGGGGACAACGGCGAUGGGGAGGCAGUCCGGCGAGGGGGCUCCGACGAACGAUGAGGUCUAG